CGGCGAACGAGGCGAAAGGUGCUGCGGAAAACGAAUUUGUGCCUCGUAAUUUUUGUUUCCUUGAGCGGCGCAGAUUCCUGUCGCUUCUACCUGCUCCUGCUCCUUUUUUUUGUUGUUGUCCUCGGCUUACAUUGACAUCCUCUUCUUUGCUUGCUGAGCCGACUCUUUUGUUCGACUUUGUUCCAAGUCCAGCUGAGCGAGACUUGGCGGGGUAACCUUGCUGCUUGGACAAACAAAAGGGCCCCGGCUUUCAAGUAAACAAUCGAGUUCCUUGUUUGACGACCCUUCGACACCCGGCCUUCUUUUAAAACGCCGCGAUCAGACCAUGGUGUAGUCCCGCACACUUACUCGGACAAAAUGACGACCAAGGCGAAGGCGCUUGCCCUCAAUGGCAUGCACACCGCCGGCAUCUUCUCCGAUAUGAGCUUCGACGGGCCCGAGAUUGGCACCCUGGUGCUCGUCAUCGAUCGUGCGAAGAACCUGCCCAACCGCAAAACCAUUGGGAAGCAAGAUCCCUACUGUGCCGCUCGUCUGGGAAAGGAGGCGAAGAAGACGACAACAGACAUCCGCGGAGGCCAGACUCCUCGGUGGGAUCAGGAACUCCGGUUUACCGUCCAUGACUCGCCCGACUACUACCAGAUCAAGGUCUCGGUAUUCAACGACGACAAGAAGACGGAGCUGAUCGGAGAGGCGUGGAUCGACCUGCGGGACAUUGUGGUGCCGGGAGGAGGACAGAGUGAUAAGUGGCACCAGCUAGGAUAUAAGGGCAAAUACGCCGGCGAGGUGCGCAUCGAGAUCACGUACUACGACAGUCGUCCCAAGCCCGAGAAGCCGGCAGCCAAGGCAAAACCCCCCCCUCCGGCCGAGGCCGAAGCGAACCCUACGGCCGCCGCUGCCGGGCCUCGGUCGGUGCCCAAGCGCCGCCCAUUGCCCUCCGAUCCCGUCACGGGGAAGCCUCCCGCUCCCCCCCAGCCUGCUCCGGAACAAGUGGAAACGCCCCCUCGCCCUCAGCCGAACCCGGCACCGGUCCCUCAUCAACAGGCCGAGUACAACCCGGCGCCAGCGCCGGUCCACCAGCACUACCAGCAGCCGGAUCAGGUCAGAGAGCUGGGGACCCCGUCACGUCGGGCUGACGCCCCCAGUCAGCAGUACAGGACUCCCGAGAGGCACGAGCCGUACGCGGCACAGCACAACCAAGCCUACAACAGCCCACACCGUCAGCAGCCGGGACCCGACCGCCGUGAAUCGUACGAUAUUCCACAGAUCAGCGACCCGAGAGCUGCCGACGACGACAGGCCGCCCCCGCCGCCUGCCCAUCGGAGCAGGACUGGUAGCAACCCACCGGCGAGCAACUCGUUCCAGGCGACGCCGCCGACCAUGCACCAGGAUGUCCUGAGAAGCGAAGCCCACCGGAAUUCCGUCUCUGGAAGCUAUCCCGGCCGGCCUACAUACAAGGCCGUCGAUUCUGCCCCGGCAGCUCUCCCCAGUAAUCAGUAUGCCAACGUGGACCAAGGUCCCCCCGCCCGGUCCUACUCUUACGAUCCGCCCUACGAGCCCAACAGGACGAUGCAGGCCACGGUCGAAGAUGUACCCGAGUCCCCGGAAUCGACGAACAGAAGAACCUCGGGCCGCUGGCCGCAGCCGCAGCCGCAGCCGCAGUCGCAGUCGCAGCCACACCUCUACCGGGACUACGACAUGGAUGCCAGCCCUGCGCCGCUCAAUCUCUCGGGACGGGGCAGCAGUGAGUCAGCAAGAUACCCGCCAGAGCCCAGGUACCAGGCGAAUUCGAAUGGGUACCCGAUGGUGGCGCCCGAGAUUCCCCAGAGGGAGUCGCCAGACUAUGCGCCAAACUAUGGCCGGCACUCUGAGCCUUCCCUGCCGUUACACAGGUCCAACCCUGAGCAGAGGCUCGUCGUCACCUACCGGGGUGACGCGGACGAGGGGGCGAAUGACUAUCCGGUGCCUCCCGUACCGGCGUCCCUAGUCCCGGGUAUCGACCCGAACAUUUCCCAGGAAGUAUCAGAGCGGAUCAACCAAGACCGGAGGCAGCCGAACCAGAUACGGGGUGCCUCACAGCAAGCCAUGGUCGAUACGCCGCCGCGGGGGAGGUCCAUGAACGACAGAUAUGGCAACGACCCUUCCUCUACGCCGCACAGUGCACCGCCCACCCAGAAUAGGAGCCCCAUCGUGUAUACCAACGGGCCGUCGACGUCGAGCGUCAACGUGGUCAUCAAGUCGCGGGCCUACUCCCCGAACCCUCCGCGAGAUCCAAGCCCGAACCCGCACCAGCAGCAUACUAUCCGCCGCAAGUCAAUCAGCCCGCGACCCCCAGUGGAAAACGAGCGCCGCCUCUCCGGAGUUCCCUUCAGUCCCGACUCGUACGACGCCCUCAACCCCAAUGCUUCCUCGGCUGCCCUCAAGGACGCCGCAUCCUCGCGCCCCGACUACAGGGAAGAAACGGGCAAAAUCAUCUCUCACGACGGGCGCGAAAUCGACCCUUCGGACCAUCUGCCAAUGGAGAGCUGGGCACCCGAGCCGGAGCCGAAACAGCCUACCUCAACAACCGCGUCCGCCCCGUCCCGGCCUUCCCUGUCAGGCCCACAUCCUGUUCCGGCCUCGGGCCGUCGCCCCCUGCGCAUCGCAGGCCGACCGCAUUCCAUGCUCCCGACCGCCGGGUCCUCUUCAUCAGGCGUCACCUUCUCCGGCGGCAUCACAGACCACGUCGAGUCCGUAACGUCCUCACAACCCGUUGCCUCCUCGACGGGGCGAAGCCGCCUGCAGAAAAAAGCCGCCUACCGGCAAUCUACGUCGACGUUCACACCCGUGAUGUCGGGCGCUAACGGGCCUGGCCCCGGACCCAGUUCUGCGCCUAGUGUCAUACGGAAGAGCAAUAGCGGCGAAGCGCUGCAUCAGGAUACCUCGUUUACCGCGCCGCGGCCGGGCGGGAUCCCCCGCGGUUCCACGUUUGACUACGUCAUCGACGGCGCCGCUACCGAUAACCACGCGUCGCCGCAUCACGGUCAUGGCACUUCGGGGGUAUACGGCACCUCCCCGGGCAGUCAGCGUGACUUGCACGGCCGGAGGAGCCACAGCAGGGGUCACAGCCCAGCCCGUGGCUACGAACGCGGAUACGACGGAUCCGGACAUCUUCAUCAGUACAGCAGGAGCGCCGGCAGCAUCAACGGGUUCUCGGCCCCGGCAUCGACCUCGGCGCCGCCGCCGCCGCCCAUCCCGGCCAAGGUCCCGCUCGCGCUGCCUCCUGCGUCGUCGUCGUCGUCGUCGUCGCCGCCGCUGGGGAGCUCGCCUGGCAGCGCUGGCGGGAUGAGCGGGGCGCUGCAGCUGCACAGCAGCAGCGCCGCCAGGAGGGCGGGGAGCGGGAUGGAGGACGGAAGCGGGUAUGCAGGUCAUGGGUACCACCACCAGGACGGAUAUGGGUACGGUGUGCACGGAGGAGGAGGAGGAGGAGGAGGAGGGUGGUCGUUGUCGCUGGAGGAGGAGCUGAGGCAGAUCGAUAUCGGGACGGGCCGGUCGAGCCGCAAGCAUAACGCUGCCGGGUACGGCGCCGGCGGGAGGCAGGGAUACGGGACCGUUUAUGGACAACAAGGGGGGUAUUGAGCCGGGCUAUGGAGUAAAAGUAAGGUAGUUCGAUUGGAGGAUAUGAGGAUAUAAACGGGCUGGGCUUGGGAUGGGAGCAUGAUCUGAAACUCGGGAAGGUAGG